CCCUGCAAAGUACCUGAGAAAUGCACGAGGUACUACGCCUCUGAUUAUCACUACGUGGGUGGGUUCUACGGCGGCUGCAGCGAGGCGGCCAUGAUGCUGGAGCUGGUCAGGAAUGGCCCCAUGGGUGUGGCCCUGGAGGUGUACCCAGAUUUCAUGAACUACAAGGAGGGCAUCUAUCAUCACACUGGCCUCCGUGACUCCAACAAUCCGUUCGAGCUGACCAAUCACGCGGUGUUGUUGGUGGGGUAUGGGAAGUGCCCUAAGACCGGCGAGAAGUACUGGAUCGUGAAGAACAGCUGGGGAAUCGGGUGGGGCGAGAAUGGGUUUUUCGAAAUCCGUCGUGGAACGGAUGAAUGCGCCAUUGAGAGCAUUGCUGUAGCUGCUACACCAAUCGCCAAACUUUAGAGAGUGCAGACGAAUUGGUCCAUUGAAACAAGCAUGGUCGGGUGAAAUAUUUUUUUUAGUAUGCAAUUCUGAAAAUU